GCGAACUGGCUGAAGCUGCUCCUCGUCCCGCUUUAGUUCAGUUGUCAUGUUGGCUAUGAAAGGGCAGGAUUUCCAGGAGCCGCAAAUAGCGGGUUGGCCUCGUUUUGCCCCAGGGAGACUCCGCCAGCUCGGCACCGCCCUCCUCGACUCAGUGUCCGGUUGUGUACAGCCCCAGUGUCCGCCCCUGUCUUGCCCCCAGUGCCAGUGGAUACCUUUCGUGCCGGUCACUCUGCCCUGCGGACACACGGCAUGCAAACCGUGCCUGUCCGCCUCCGACCUCUGCCCCCAGUGCGCCGCCCCCUUGCCCCCCAGACUCGAGACGAACGUCCUCCUCAAAGCCGUGGUCGAGAAGUGGUGGGCGCCGCAGCUGGAGGCGGCACGCAUCAAAGUCGAAGCCGAUGCCCUCCUCGCCAACAACUUUCUGGACCUAGCCCUGGACAAGUACAACACCGCUUUGCAUAUGUCACCCCAAGAUCAUCUACUCUUGGAAGCCAGAGCUAGCGUACUGCAAAAACUGAACCGCCUAGAAGAGGCUCUACAGGAUGUCAAUUUUCUUACAAGUUUAAGGCCGCUUUGGGCCAAAGGGCAUUAUAGAAGAGGGAUGGUUUUAUCGAGCCUUUGUCAAUACGAAGAAGCCCUACUUUCCCUUUCACUUUGUGUAGCACUUGGAUCGAACUCUGAACGGGUCAAAAACGAGUUUGUUAAAAUACUUAAUAGGUUCCUAACUCCGCCAUUAGGCACUUGCAAGAACGUACUAAUAAAAAAGAGUGCCCCAAUCAACCCCUGGUGGUCCAUCGACUUCAACAUUUUGGAGCUAUCGCCUAAAACUGAGGAACAUUGUAUUGAUAAUUUUAGUAAAUCAGCAAUGUCAAAUGCUCCAAUGCUGGAAAGUAAAAAACUUCAUCUAUUACUUGACAGAAUAUUUGAAGAAAUAGAAAUAACUAAAAAUCUACAAAUUGAAGGAAGGAAUAUUAUUGUUAGGAGAGAUAUGGUCGAUGCUGAAGAUUUUGAAUGUGUCCUUUGCUGUAGAACUCUCUGGAGGCCUGUAACCACACCGUGCGGUCAUACUUACUGCCUCAUGUGUUUGGACCGAUGUCUAGAUUACAGUUCAAACUGUCCACUGUGCAUGACCUCAUUGUCCCAGUACCUUGGGGCGAGUGAGAAAGUAGUCACUGAGUUUCUUGAAGUGGCUCUCGCUCUAGCACUGCCAUACGAAUACGCACUGCGACUCAUGACGCACAGACAAGAAGUGUCUGUUCUAGUGCAUGCUCCGGAUGUGCCGAUUUUUGUAUGUACUACGGCUUACCCGACUGUCUCAUGCCCAUUGUUUGUGUUUGAGCCGAGGUACAGACUGAUGGUGCGAAGAGCGAUUGAAAGUGGUGGUCGGCAAUUUGGUAUCGCAGCAUGCACCCACCAGCACAACGGCGUUAAAAGAUAUGCUGAAUAUGGAACUAUGUUGGAAAUAAAAGAUAUCGUACUAAUGAAUGAUGGCUGUUCAAUCCUGAGUAGUGUUGGUGGUAGGAGGUUCAGAGUUAUUUCUAAAAAUGAACGGGAUGGCUAUGAUACUGCCCAAGUCCAAUACAUCGUCGAUGACCCUAUACCUCAGCAGUCCUACCAAGAAUUAACUCUCCUUCAUGACACAGUAAGGAAACGAGGAAAAUAUUGGUUUUCAAAGAUGAGUCAAGACAUGCAGAUGAAGAUUAUAAGGACUUUUGGAGAAAUGCCGCCUUUAGAGUCUAAUUGGUUAAGCCUGGAAGACGGGCCUGCAUGGGCUUGGUGGCUUGUUGCCAUACUGCCUCUAGGACAGCAUUUACAAAUUGGAAUACUUCGAACUACGUGCCUCGAAAAACGCCUCAGAGCGAUCGACAAGACUCUGAAGCACUUUGAAGAAUCGCCUCACAGCAUUGAAGCAGUUACCAGCUCUCAAGAGAACUCACUGAAGAGGGGAAUACCCUCGAUGAGGCUCACUUGACACCACAAACAAAACAAAAAGCCUAACGUUUAAUGUAUUAUAAAAAAAAAUGUUAAUAAGUAAUGCAGUAAUAAUUUUCCAAAACAUUUUUAGAAGGCAUACUAUUAUAAGGAUCUCUUUAAAUAAAACUUUUAUUAUACAAAUACUAUGUAUUUGACUCUUAAUAUGUGUUAAUUUACUUUUUUCUAGUUAUACUGCUUUGUUUUAGUUAAACAUACUUUGAAAUGUUUUUCUAUAAAACAAGAGAUUUAUAUAAAUCAGAUAAAUAUUUAAAAAAACGUAAAAUCAACUUAAAAAAAGCUAAAAGUGUAAGAGAGUCAUUGCACCCACCUAUUGCUUUAAAUUGGUUAAAAUGUGAUGGAAUAAUUUAUGGAUUGUUUGUUUGCUAUGGUAUGUUUUUUGCUUUGGUUUAUUUAUAAGUAUUUAUUCAUUUUUAGUUAAGUUUAUUCAACUAUUAAAAUAAAGGGCCUUCCUUUAUUGCUUUUUCUUUACUUUCCUAUUUUUUUUCUUUAUAUUUUACAUUUAUUAAAGAGAGUGUGCACAAUAACAAGAAAUGGUGCUAUGCAAACUGUGAAAAUACAUUCCUUUCUUCUUUAAACUCUUUUUUGGGGGAAGAAAAUAAAUUCAGAACAUGUUAAUUUAUUUAUAACUCUCAAAACGUUGUAAUAUCCAGUCUGUAAAAGAAAAAUUUGUAUAUUUUUUAAAUUCAAAUAACUUUAGACAAAGCUUUUAUAUGUAAUAAAUUGGCUGUGAUGAUGUUUUUUCACUGGUAUAACAUGUUUUAAAGAGGAGAAAACUGUAUUUAAAAUUUAAAUUAAAAAUCCUUUAUGUACUCGACGUAAAAAGUGGAGUAAUUAAAAAAAAAAUUUAUAUUUUAUUAUUUUCUAUUGUUUUGAAGGUGUCAUUUAAGAAUCUAUUGUACAAAGAAUUGCCAUAAAUGUAACAUAUGAGAAACGACUCAAAGUGUAAUAUAGAUUUCUUUUUUUGUUUA